AUGAAAUUCAUCACUCGCCAAGUCAGCACGGGCGAUAUCUUUCCCAUCUCCCAACCUCGACGGCCUCGACAGCGAGAUCGAGACCAAGAACAAGCACAAGAUGAAGACCAACCCCUUAAGCCUGUCCGUCCGCAACAGCCGGCAUUACUUCGCCUCCACAGAUUCCGUACCAUCGUGCUCCCGAUGCUGCUCGUCCUGGUCUUCACCAGUCUCAUCCUGGCCGCCAUCUACGCAUACUGCGUGGCCAAACCACACACGCAGAUCGCCGACCGACUGGCCCAGAACAGCACCGCCGAAGCCGACAGCUCACUAUUUGGAAAACGGGCUCUCGCUCCGGGCUUUUCUCUGCCUCUGCCUCUGCCUCUGCAUACCAUAGCAUCAACAUUGACAUUGACAACUCGCUCGACGACAUCCCAAACAGAACCCCAAGGACAACCAGUCACAGCUCUACUGUUCUACACACUGACCACCCCGGGCGUCAGCCUGGUCCAUCUCUCGUUCGAGCUCAUCACACACCACCAUAACGCCGAACACCUGCACGGACGACGAGUCUAUUUCGCCGUCCUGGCCGCCUCGUCGCUCCUCGUGGCCGGCUGGAUCACCACCCUCUCCUUCUGGAUGCACUGCGAACUGCCUUCGCUCAACAAAUCCAGUUUCCAGUCCAACUCCAGUUCCAGUUCCCAUUCUAUCGCCAGCCAAGCCUUCUGUCCCGCCCAGGUGCGCGGGCAUUUCAUGUACGGCAUCCACGAAGUCAGCAUCGUCAAGGCUGUGCUCGCCUGGGUCAUCGUGCUCGUCUAUCUAUGCCACAUCGUGCUCUUGGGCCUGGCGCUCAAGGCCCAGCGGCGCAUGUGGAGGCUGACGCGCAGUCUGGAGAUAGAGCACGGCGAGGCCAGUGAGGUUGUGAUCCGUCUUGAGGAUGAAGAGGGAGAUGGAAGUGGACGUGGACAUGGACAUGGAAACGGAAAGGGCCUUGUUGGAAAAGAGAUGACGUUGUGA